AUGCUUAGCAUAGGCAGGCACAGGCACGGCGGGUUACGGCCACCGGCCGUCGCUGGGGCCAUCUGUAUCUUCGUGCUGGCCACCGUAGCGGCCAUCCCGGUGGAACCCGACGUGAAAGUGGAAAACGCUGUUCCAGUCGACUCGUCCGCCCUGCUCGAAGCAGCGCUGUGCUUGCUCAAAUCCAACCCGGCCCUAUGCGUCCGACAGCAGGUUGGCCGGGUGCUCGGCAACUGGGAGGAUAUCCUGAACACCAAGAAGCUCGAAAUAUUGGCCGAAGCCGAUAAGGAGGUAACCGCAGCCCGGCAGAGCCGCGGGAUGAGUGAAGCCGACGCGAACCGCGGCAAACCCUCGACGGUGAUGGAGCAGAUCGAAACCGGUCUCGGGGUGCUGGCGGAGUUCGUAUCGGAAGGCGUCGACGAGUACAUGUCGGAGAAGAAGAAGAGCAAAGAUGGCGAGGAGUCGUCCAAGACGCACCUUCACCACCUGCUGAAACUAGGUAACGGUCGCACCGACGAGGACGAGGACUACCGCGACCCGCUCGCUGCUGUGGAGGCUGGUUUGGUGGAUUACGCUGGCAUGGCAUCGGGCAGCCCGGAAAAAGCACUUGGUAGAGGCAAGAAAGAGGGUGACCAAGCGGAUUAUGGGAUUGGUGGGAGUGGCGAACAUAGUGCUGGAGGUGGGUCUCGUAGUGUCGGCAGUGGCGGCGACGGCGGCGGCGGCGACGACGGCAGCGACGUCAGUGCACCGCCGGGCGGGAGCGUGGAGGAACGGCGCGCCGGGAUCGGCGCGGCCAGUCGGUUCGAGGACGACGAUGUCGGCGAACUGCGGAGACGACGAAAGCACAAGCACAAGAAGAAGAAGACCUUCAUGAAGCUGUUCAUUCUGGGCGCCGCGCUCAAGGCCAAGAUCGAGUUGCUGCUGAAGAUCCUGUCGUUCAAGCUGCAGCUAAAGUUCUUCGCCAUCGCCCUGAUCGGACUGAUCAUCAACAUUGCCCGCUUCUGGCUGGACUUCAAGAAGCAACCGCAACCGCAGAAAGUGAUCUACUACGAGCACGCUCAGCACCAGCACCAUUACGAUGAUCAUGGCGCCGAUGACUUUGGUGGCUACUGGAAGCGAUCGCUGCACGGUGCCCAGGCCGACGAGCGCUACGACGAACCGUACCUGUACCGGAACCCGAAGCACGCCCCGACCCCCUCCCACUAUGCUCCCCAGCUGGCGGACCCCCACGCCAUGGCUUAUCAGCAGCAGCGGCCAUACUGA